GUAUGGAUAAAUGAAGGUACGACCUUGUCGGAUCAACCAAUGAAAUAAUGCGUGUGUCAAACCGGUUUGUAAAACUCGAACAAGAACUGUGCAGCAACAACAGGGAAACGAUAGGGUGCCACCACUGUAAACAGACGAUCCUGUCGCUAGAUUCAUAUAACCAGGACUCAUCAUGUCGAACAGUAGCAAGAUUUGCGUCGCUGUCUUGAUUGGCAUAGGUCUUAUAGCUGUUCUGGUUAUCGCACUUGUAGCCACAUCCCUGAAGAAGUUGGCAUCAAAUGAGGUUGGAAUCGCUUAUGACAAGUUUCAAAAGAAAUUGUCAGAUACAGUGAAGAAUGAAGGUUUGCACAAUGGACCUCCAGGAUUUGAAUUCAUCAUCUUCCCCAAUGUGUACACGACGAUGAACUUCAGAUCUCUGUCAUGCCUCAACAAGGAUGGUGUGACCAUCACCCUGGACGUGGCGUACCAGUACAAGGCCAGGGUCACACAUAUCAAGGACAUCAUCCUCAAAUUUAAAGACUUUGAUGGCUACAAGGAUAUUUUAAAGUAUACAGGUUCAGCAGCCCUCCACGAGGCGUGCAGCUUGUUCAACACAUCCCAGGUGCAGGCCGAGCGGGGAGCCUUUCAGGAGAUGGUGAGACAGAAGCUAAGAGAGAGAUACGAUGUGCUCAAGUGUGACAUCACCGAUCUCCAGGUAAACAAUAUUGAGCGUCCCAGAGAAUACGAGUCAUCCAUCAGAAGCAAGGAACGAGCAAGAGAAGAUAUCCAGGUUGCUGUAAAUGAGCGUCCUCGUCUCCUGACCGAGGCUAAGACAGAGAGAAGAGAGGCAGAGACACAGGCACAGAUCAUCUUGGACAAGGCCCGCUCUGAAGCCAGGAUCCUGGAGAACCAGGCGAGAGCAGAGGCGGAGGCUAUCCAGACCCAGUAUGAGAAGGAGGGAGAGGCGUAUGAGUCUAUCCUCAGCUCUAACGGGCUCGGCUUCACCACCGAGGGCUUUAUCUCCUACAUGGGCGUCCGCGUCAUCUCCUCCGCCAAGAACCCUGUCUUCAUCGGACUGCAGAGCCCAGCCAAGUCUUCAUACAUGACCCCCUAGAGCUGGUAUCAUCACACCCCAGUAAGACAGGUGCUUAUAGGCUGCUGCUUUUCACAACGUGUCAAGAACCGAAAACAUCGAUGAUUUUUGGCGUCAUGAAAGAAGUGUUGCUGUUUAAGUUUGUAAGAAGUGGUCUAUUUUAAAUUCUCUCCGAAACUAUUAAAAGGUGGAGGUCAAUACUAUUGUGAUAAUCAAUUACUGUACAACAUGGUUAUAAACUAUAUUAGACUUUUGAAAUGUUUCGACCCCCUUCACUUCAUAUACAUGUCAACUCACUCACAGAGUUGUGGAUGUAUUUCAUAUUCAAAUUCAUAAAAAUUGGUAUUUUUUUCAAAUAGUCACAGAAUAAAAAUCAAAAACUAUUGCAGCCCGAGAAUUAAAUUGAAAAGAGCUCAGGUGUACUCAGGUAAGAAAAUUAAUUUUUGCGUCGUUAUUGACAUUUGUUGACAAAUGUUUGUAUGUAUAUCUGCAUUCCUAAUAACCAUGUUCUACUGUAAUUUGAAUUGUCAAUCAAGACAUGUCUUAGGAUCUCCAGCUGAAGAUAAUCUGGUGAUGAUAUUGCAGACUCCUGUGUUGAACUUACAUUUUUCCAUUUUUGAUGAAUUCUUGAAUGUGUCUGUUAUGUUUAUUAGACGUUUGUUUUGUCCUGCCAUACAAGAUAAGAUCCCUGAUGUCGAUGUGCACUAAUUAUUGUGAAGAAUAUUCACUGUUGUCUGAUGUCCAUGGGUUCUACACACAGUAGCGUCUCUUAAUUUUCAAAAUGUUUUUUUUUUAUUGAGAUAUCUUUUAUCAUACGAUUCUGUGUAUUUUGCUUACUUAUAAGUUGAUACUUCAUUCUCUGUUCUUACAUAAACAAAUGUAUUGUAUAUAUGAACAUUAUGAAUGAAAUUGUAUCUUGAUCUGAAAAUAUGGAUUUUAAGUGGAUUUUAAAAUUUGUAUUCAUGUAAUGAUAUUUUAAAAUUUGUGUUGAUCACUUUUCUUUACUUUUUAUAUAAAUGUGAUGACUAUAUUUAUAUUUAUCAGUAUGAUGAUAAUAUCCAAUUGUUUAACCCCCAUUUCCCAUGACAAUGGUAAUACUAUGCGUGUUAUAACCUGAUAACCAACCUAUCUGUAUAAUAUUACCCAUAUGGUGGAAUGAUCGUGUGUUAUAGCUUCCCAAUAUUUGCUCAUGUGCGUUUUUUCAAUGCUCAAUGCUGAUUGGUCAUUUGAAGUCUUAUGACAUCACAGUGCUUCAUUGUUUGGAAACAUAGGAUAUGACAUCAUCCAUUGUUCAUAAUUUUAUAAAUUGAUUACAUUACGUCAUUUGAACAAAAGGCUUCCUUCAGUGAAGUUCCUCUGUACGGGUGACAUCUUGCAUACGUUUCUUCUCCAUUUUCUCUCUUAAAAUGCAAAUGAGUAAUAUAUAGUAUAACCUACUCAAAACUUGGAAAUAACAGAAUCUCUUUCUUUUGUUAAUUAAUGUUGCUGGUGACUGGUGACUUCAGGAUUAACACUGUUUAUUCACUCGGAACAGAUAAUCUAUAAUUCCUCGUAGCUCAUUAAUAUUGUCUAUUUCUUCCUUCUGUUACGUCAAGUGACAACAUUUUACAUUAAAAGGAAAAUAGGUUAGAGUGGU